GAUUUUUUUUUAUUUUAGCGUCAAAGUCUUGAGUUUAUUUUGUCGGCUCAGGUUAUUUGAUUAAAUUAAAUUGUAAUUAAACUUUAAUAAUAUAUAUAAAUUGAAUAUAAAUAUAUAUCAUUUAAUAAAAGUAUAAUUUCAUCAGUAGUUUAAUCAAUAGAUAAUUUAAAGCUAAAUAAAUAUUUUUUGACAGAAUUUUUUACUAAAUCUAUAAAAAUUAUUUAAAAUUUGUAAAAUGGAAGACAGCACGAGUUAUGUCAGAGAUGAAGAUGAUAUUUGCGCAACAUUAAAUUUAGCGAAAUUAAAUGAAUCGCAAGUUAAAAAAAUAGGCCAAGUCCUGGACUAUCAUCAUGGUUUCAACACCAAGGACAUUAAAUUGCUGGAGCUAGAUAAUCAUUUGUUGGAAACUCUUGAGCAAGGAAAAAGUUUAUUUUUCAAAGGACAAAAAGAUGAUGUUGCACUUCUGUGCACUGACAGACGCACUUACAAAAUUGAAGAGGCUGAAACAUCGAACUCGUUAUUGCUCUGUUCGAAUUUAAAACUUGCCAAAGAUAUUCCUAAGUCUGAUGGUGGGAAUAUAGAAAUAGAACACGUUGCUGCACGAGGUAUUUUUCAUAAUUACUUUGAGGUUUCAACUUGUAAACCAGAAGUGGGAAAAUUAAUCACUUUAUUAGAGCCAACGUCUUUUAAGGGACCAGAGUAUGAAAAAUAUAUUGAUAAAGAUAAUUUGUAUGAUUGGAAUAAACUUAUAGUUUCUAUCCAAGCCAGUGAGAAAGAAUUAAAAGAUGCAUUGAUCCAGUACUCAAUUGCUUCACUCGAUGGCUACUAUAGAUUAAUUUCAUUUGAAUUUGAAACCAAAGCGCUAACAAUGAUGCUGGAUUUUAUGGAAGAAAAUUCAUGGAAGAUAAAUAAAAUAAAUAAAGAAGAAACUCAUCAGGCAUUGAAGGAUUUGAUUCCAAAGCCAAUAUUUGAAAUAAUUUUUAAUAAAUACGCAAAUAAAAUUAGUAAUGAUGAAUGUGAUGAAUUGUAUACAUAUGAUGAGAAAAAAGUUUGCAGAUGUUUAGCUCAAGUUUUAUUAGCUAGUUCACCUGUUAAUGACUACAAUCGUUUUAUGGAGGCUUGGAAAAUGGGUGUACCUGAAGAUAUUAAUCCAAAAUUAGAGUACUUGUAUGGUACAGCGGUUGUAGUAUGGAAUUCUGAUAAACAAAGAAAAGAUAUCGUAUCGUUUCCAGAAUCUAAACUUUCUGAUAAUAUAGUAGAGCGAUUCAAUCAAUUAUUUAAAAUUAAAAAUCGAUGGACUGCGGAAGAGAUAAAGCCGUACAUAUCAAACUUGUCAACUUCCAACCUCAGUGUUGAUUUCUUAUUGACCAAACAUACUCGAUCGUUGACAGUAAAUGGAAUCAAAUAUUACAGUUCAAAGUAUAAGUAAAUAGUAAUUAAAAAUUAAUUAAAACAUAUAGAUUAUAUAUUUAUUAAGAAAAAAAGUA